UCAAGUCGACUUUGAAGCGAACAACAAGUCAUACGGGUAAAUAACCAAAAGAACGCAAAGAUGUUUAGAACAUUGGCGAUGCUAUCGCUGCUGCUGUGCCUGGCCAGCGUUAUGGCCGGCAAGGUGGGUCAACAACAGCAGACGGGUCCACAGCGGCAUCUUGUCUGCUAUUACGACUCGACGAGUUUUGUGCGCGAAGGACUGGGCAAGCUGGUCAUUGAUGAUUUGGAGCCUGCGCUGCAGUUUUGCGAUUAUCUAAUCUAUGGCUAUGCGGGCAUUGAGCGUGAUUCGCACAAGGCUGUGAGUUUGAAUCAGCAGCUGGACUUGGAUUUGGGCAAGGGACUGUAUCGCACUGUGACGCGCUUGAAGCGCAAGUAUCCGAAUCUGCGUGUGCUGCUGAGCGUGGGCGGAGACAAGGACAUUGAAACUGGCGAGGAUGCCAAAGACAAGCCCAACAAGUAUAUGGAGUUGCUGGAGAAUCCAACUGGACGCACGCGCUUUGUUAACACGGUGUACGCGCUGGUUAAGACUUAUGGCUUUGAUGGCGUUGAUAUUGCGUGGCAAUUUCCCAAGAAUAAGCCCAAGAAAGUGCACAGUGGACUGGGCUCUAUAUGGAAGGGCUUCAAAAAGGUGUUUAGCGGCGACUCUAUAGUGGACGAGCGCGCUGAGGAGCACAAGGAGCAGUUUACUGCGCUGCUGCGCGAUGUGAAGAACGCACUGCGUCCGGACAAUUUGCUGCUGUCCACUACGGUGCUGCCCAAUGUGAAUGCAUCGCUGUUCUUUGAUGUGCCUGCGGUUAUUAACUAUUUGGACUUUGUUAAUUUGGGCGCCUUCGAUUUCUUUACGCCCGAGCGCAAUCCCGAGCUGGCGGACUACAGCGCACCCAUUUACGAGCUAAGCGAGCGCAAUCCCGAGUUCAAUAUCGAUGCGCAGGUUAAGUUUUGGUUGCGUCACAGCUGCCCUGCUAGCAAAAUUAAUGUGGGCGUGCCCACUUAUGGACGUCCCUGGAAGCUGUCUGAGGACUCUGGCGACACUGGGCUGCCGCCUGUAGCCAAAGUAGUCGAUGAAGCGCCAGUUGGACCCAAUACACAACUGCAUGGCAUUUAUAGCUGGCCUGAGGUUUGCGCUUUGCUGCCCAAUGAUAACAAUAGAUACGCCAAGGGCGCGCAGGCUCCUUUAAACAAAAUUGCUGAUCCUGCUAGACGCUUUGGUAAUUACGCUUAUCGCGCUGCUGACAAAAAGGGUGAUAAUGGCAUUUGGAUUAGCUACGAGGAUCCCGAUACAGCAGCUGAUAAGGCGGGCUAUGUGCGCAGCAACAAUUUGGGCGGCGUUGCGCUAUACGAUUUGAGCUAUGACGACUUUAGAGGACUCUGCACUCAAGACAAAUAUCCCAUACUGCGCGCAGUUAAAUAUCGUUUGUCUAACUAACUUUAAAGUGUAAGCUGCAUACAAUAAAUGUUGCCAAUCUUACUUUGCUUCA